AUGGCAGACCGAUCGCAGGAACUGCGUGCAGUUGAGGCAUUAAUACUUAGUAAAACAAGGAACACUAAAUCUGAGAUGUUCGAACACAUUGAUUUACUUUACGGGGAAGCUCAUGAUGAGGUAGACCCUGAUCUUGUGAUCUCCAAACAAAAGAACAAAAGAACAGAACUUCUGUUUCAGUUGUUUGCUGCAAUAGAUGAACUCACAUCUAUUCGCACCCAAAUCCGAGAAGCACAUGUCACUUUAGCUUCUCUCUUCGAUCUCGUCUCCUUUCUUCUACGACUAGAUGGAGCAGAGACAGCACUUGAUGGGAACUUUAUCACUGAUACAAGCCAGGUAAGCUAUUAA